UACUCUGAGAUUGGUGCUUGAUGUGCAUUGAAAUGCACAAAUAGAAGUCAUUGAGAUGGUAUCUGGGGCUAUGUUUCAGCACAUCGAGCAGGGCAACUUCUGGGGAACAAUAUCUAUGGAUAUUCAUCUUGUUUAAGUUGUGUCCGUGGUGACAUGAAUACAUCCAUAGUUAUAGAGCAACCAGCACAUAUUGCUUCACUAGAUGUCAAAUGUAAAGAGAAGUUAAAAAUUGCUGGAUCCUUUCGUUUAGCUGAUGAAACUUCUAAUGAUUCUUCUAUCCCGUUCGGCCUCAAAUGUCCCAGUGUGAACAGUGGAGCUCAUUCGAUUGCUGAUUCCCCAAGCAGAGAAAGGAUUGCACAAAGGAUCUCCCACAGGAAGAAAACAAAUAAAGGUAAGCCAACAAAAAUUUUCUAUUAUAAGGCCAUUUCUGAGACACGACCUGGCAGAUGUGAUCAAGAUUAUAGAGUGGCAUCUUAUCAGCCAUUCAAGGAAGAGAGAAACAUUGCUACUUUUAACCGUGAUAGAAACUUAAAAAGUUUUCCUUCAUCUGCCGUAGUCAGUUCCCUCUCUGCAUCUGGGAAUAUGGGUUACUUUUCUAAGGAUUCUAGUGCUCGUAAUGGCUGGAAAUGUUUUGAGUGUUCAUAUGAUGAGAUGUCUGAUAUUAGUGGGAGUCAUUUAUUGUCUGAUACUUGGAAUAAUCGUAUCUUUGAAAGUAGCAAAUGUUGCAAGGGCUUGAAUCGAAGUAAACAAUGGCUUGAAGAGCUAACCUGUAAUUGUUGUGCUGAAGAUCUGCAGGAAAAUCUUUAUUUAGGGCAGUCAUCUCAAUGCAAGUCGUGUGGUUCCAUUGAUAUCUUGUCUUGUGGGUUUGAAGAUUGCAGUAAUUGCAUAAAUGAAAAUACCAAAAUUAAAAGUAAGUGUUCUACUGCCACUAAUUUUCAUGCGGUUGCACCAGGUGACGACUUUAAAUCCAGUACUUUGACUUCACAAUGUGAAGCAGUACACAAGAGUCUGAAGAAUGUUUGUGAAGCAUGGAAUUAUGGUGAAAACAGAUUAAAUCCCUUUCAUAUGGGGAUGGAUUCUAGCUUGCGGCAGAAGAAACUUUGGCUCAAGCGUAACUCAAUUUCAAGUGAGAGAUGGUCACCUAGUCUGUUAGUAUCAUCUUCUGUACACAACAAUGCCCUUGAUGGAAUCAAAGAGAAAUUUAAGUAUAGAAAAGUACCAGGUAAUGUGCUGGUUGAACCCUCUCAUUUUGUUGCUCAUCAGAGGUUUAGUGAUAGUCUGUAUCCACAUGUCUCAAGGUCAAGUCAAGUGAGCAUUCGGCAAAUUUGGGAGUUUGAAAAAUUUAAUAGGAAAGCAAACCAUUUGGUUAAGAACAUGAACUACAACAAUUGCAAGAAAGGACUAGGAGAUUUUAAUGUAAACCUUUCGAGGCUUCGAAAUAAGCAAUUUUUUUCUCAGAAGGAACCAUUUGAAUGGAUCAACCACAAGAACUGUUAUGCUGCACAGGGAGCUAUUCACAAUAGCCAUAAUGUUAUGAGCAGCAGUUCACAUAGUUUACACACAUCUAUUGAUUCUUCUGUUCAUCUGUUUGAAAGAGCACAAGGCUUGACUAAAUCUAGUGUAACGGGGCAGGGUAUUUUAAAUUGGAUUCCACCACAGUACACUUGGAUGAAGAUUCCGAGGAUUGAACAUGUAGUUGGUAGGUCUCUGCUUGCUUCUGUAGAAUAUGAAACAAUGAAUUUUGAACGUUCAAUAUCUGGAUGUCCUUAUGAAAAUAUUGAGCGAAAUGUUAAUUCUCAAAUGAUUCAGAGGAAGUGGGUACCUGUGCGAAGAAAGGAGCCUGGAAUGAUGGAGAACACUGGUUCUCUAGGUGUUUAUAAUGAUCAUAAUGUUUCUUCAUCAUUCUCAACCAAGGUGGAGAAUAUUAGCUAUCUGAAAGACAAAAAUGUCCUUGUACCUUCUGCUUUAAGUGCUGCUGCUGAAGAUAUAAGCCUAACAUCCAGCCACAAAGUGACUUCUGUCAAAAGGGAAGUUCCACAAUUUGAAAGUGUAGGUACUGAAAUUAAAGCUCAAGAAGUUGAAAUUGCAAAAGAUUCUGUUGCAUAUGGUGAUGAACCAAAGGAUGCUUUGACGCUGUUAAGGGAUCCACAUACACAAGCUCUGAAUGCUGCUUACAGACUGCAAUUAGCAUCUGAGAGUGUUGAACUUGCUUCGGGCUGUCCACUUGCAGAGUUUGAAAGAUUCCUCCAUUCUGCGACCCCACUUAUUGCUCCAUUUUUAUAUGAGAAAUGUGAUAUCUGCUUGGAUAAUCAACUGUUCCAUAGUUCCCUCUGCAAACACCAAAGACCAAAUUUGUCACUUGGUGCAGUUUGGAACUGGUAUCAGAAGCCAGGAAGUUAUGGAUUGGAAGUCAAGGCAGAAACUGAAAACUCUAAAGGGUUGUUUACUGAUCCUAUAACAUUUUAUGCUUAUUUUGUUCCUUCCCUGUCAGCAGUUCAAUUGUUUGGCUAUACUUCAAUCUCCAACUGUCGAAAUACAUGUCUCAUCAACCCUAAAGUGAAGUACAAAGAGUUUGGAUUGCAAUCCCAUUCUUCUGAAACUUUGGAUAUUUCACCUCCAAAAGCAAUCAAGGAAACCCAUUUUCAGGAAGACAAAAUGGAGAAUUUCAUAUGUAAUGGAAAUGACUCUCUGAGUUUAACGUCUAUACCUUUCUUCUCUGAUGACGCUGAGCUCGUAUUUGAAUAUUUUGAAUCGGAGCAGCCACAGCAACGGAAGCCACUUUGCAAUAAAAUUGUGGACCUUGUCAAUGGUGGAACUUCCAGUCAUCCACCAUUUGGUGAUUCAUCAAUGUUAAAGGGCAUGAUGCUGCAUGAUCUUCAUCCUGCAUCUUGGUUUUCAGUGGCCUGGUAUCCCAUAUAUCGUGUUCCAGAAAGCAGUUUCCGUGCAUCAUUUCUGACUUACCACUCACUAGGAUAUUUGGUUCAAAGAUGCAUUCCAACUGAUUCUCUCAGUGACCACAUAUUUUCUGUUGUAUGUCCUGUGCUAGGAUUGCAAAGCUACAAUGCGCAGGGUGAAGUUUGGUUUGAUCCAAAAAUGCCCGUUGAAUCUUCUGCAGAAGAAUCUAAAACGUUCAAGCAUUCUGAAAUCCUUAAAGACAGACUCAAAAUUCUGGAGAAGAAUGCCUUACUUUUUUCUAGAGGCUGUGUUUGCAAAGAUCACGUCAAGGUAGUCAAUCGACACCCAGAUUAUGAGUUCUUCACAUCCCGAAAACGUUAAGGUGGCCAUUUCUCUCUCACUUUUAGUCCACUUGUAUGCGGGAACUGGAUUUGUUACACUGUAGUGUCAGAAUAUUGAAGGGGAAAGAGACUGGCCAUGACUCCUACUACUGUAUUUCUUUGUUUGUUCCCCUUGGAUAUGAUACUAUGAUAGGCUGAUAGUGUGAUUACUACAUUUUGUAGGCUAUGGAAUAUAGAAAGUAGAUGGUAGAAACUUACAGAAGAGAGAUUAAGUUGUAAUUUUCAACCACCUGAUGAAUUAGGGUUCUCUGUAUAUGAUGCAAAGAAAGAUUGUGUUUGUAUAGAAAUCCUAUUGUACACAUCAUAAUCAGAAAUUCUUUGUUGUAAAGUGUUGUUUCUUAGCUGAAUGUAUCUUUUAUAUCUCACUUC